AUGGACUUUCCUCCACUUCCUCCCAUACCCCCAGCAUCAGAGAUUUCAAGAUACUCGUCGUCAUCGCCGCCUGACUUUCUGACACCCAUAACAAGAUACGAAGCGGACGAACGAGCACGUGACGUUGUCUAUGAGAUCUACGAAGAAACGCCGAUAGAUGAGCGAGUCUAUCACCUUACGAGAGCCCUUCAAAUAUUCCCUUUCAGUGUGGAUGCCUUUGCCAAUUGGGGAUACAUCUAUCUGCACAUGGUGACUCCGAAAAAGCCACAAGAAGCAAAGGAAGCUUAUGAGAAGGCCGUCACUUGCGCUAAGUUAUUAUGGCCCGAAUUCGAGCAUCAAGAUACCAUUGAAUGGGGACAUAUUGAACACCGUCCGUAUCUCCGAGCUGUGGCCGGUUUGGCGCAUGCGCAACAAGAACUUGGUGACCUGGAUGAGGCAAUUAAGGGUUUCCGAUAUUUGCUAAAAGUGAAUCCAAGCGACAAUCAGGGAAUAAGGCAAGACAUGUUCUUUGCAUUCCUGGAAUCUGGUGAUUAUACUCUAGCGGAACAUUUCUUUCACACCCAAAAGAACGCAGGAGCUGAUCUGUGUUGGGGAAAUGUAUUGAUUGUAUUUCGAAAAUUCCGACGAGAGGUCGUUGAAGAAAAAGAAGUUCAAAAAGGCCGCGUUGUGGUCAAGACUUCGACAACGAUAUUGGACCUGACGACCAAUGUUUCGAUGAUACCAGGAAGGGGAUUGCCUGAUUUCUUUCUCGCUCCAGGAAUGAAAACUCAUGACCCAAAUAAUAUUGUUGCUUUUGACAAUCGUAUUUCUUACGACAAUCGUGAUGCAUCAUGGCGAGACAAAUACAUUUGUGUUCGAUACGAUGAUGUGGAAAGCAUUCCAUUUUGGUGGCUGCUCAAGUGCUUUCGAGCAGAUCUUGAUGACGAUAAGGAGAAUCACUGUAGUGUAUGCUACGAGGCAGCAAGCACAUUAUAUUUACCAAAAGACACCGGCACGGUCAGUCUGACCUCCACCUCCAAAACAACGACUACACCCGGCUUGCUCGCAGAAAUACUGCUCGCAGAAACAGCGAAGACAAAAUACACACAUCACACGACCUAUUUCAAUUGUUCGACGAUUGGGUCAAGUGGCGAUACAGCUAGGCCCCAUUUCGGUUCGUUCAUUCGUACUUUGAAGGAUGCUCUUACCUAUUUGGGACCUGCUUGGAUCCAAGCCAUUUCAAACGAAAAGAUGGGACAUUAUCAUGGCGGGAACCAACGAUUUGCUUUUCCAAAGUUGCGGCUUGAGUUUAAUAUUUCCCCAAAUCAGUGA